AUGCUUUCCCAUCUCUCCGUCCGCCUUCUUCAAUCAAGAUGUGCAUCCACGAAGACUACCAAGAAGUGCACCGGCGCCUCCACUCAGAUCUCGACCACCGUGAGAGAGGAGUUGGUGGCGGGCAAGUGCAGGGCAAUAAAGUCGGUGAAUCAAACUAAUCUGAUGGCGAAAAAACUUUGCAUCAACAAAGUGAUCCAGAGCCAGUGCUAUCCCGGCCGUAAGACAUAUACCAAGACGAUUUUGGCAGCGCAGAUGGAGAACUGCAGGUGUGGCAAGCCUAUUAGAAAGACUCAGGUGUGCGACUGCGCCUGCCCCAAAGUUGGCGUGUUCACGCAAUGUCUACCAACUGGGCAGAUUGUUGUGACCACUAUCAAAGCAAAUAACACAGGGUGCCGCUGUUCCAUCAAUAAAAUGAUCUCCAAAUCCAUGCCUGUUUGCCCGCCAACCAGUCCAAUACCUCAAGUGUCAGAGUGUCGUGAGACUGCCGGGAAGCCGCUUCAAACUGUGACCAGACAAAAGGCUGUGAUUGAUCGCAAAAAGUGUACUUGUAGUCUGCAGCUGGUGAGGCAGAUGAGGCCAUGUGUGUUGCAGGCGAAGCGAGAGGUGAAGAAACGAUGCCUUCGUGGCUCUUUGAUGGAGACGUUGACGACGGAGCUGGAGUACGUGGCAAGCAAGAACAAGACGAUUCGCGUUCCCGUGAGACGAGAGGUGUCCACCAUCACAUGUGGCCGGCCGGAGGCCUUCUCCUCCUGCGUGUCAGCCUCUGGUGCAGGCGUGUUGACCGAGCGCAGUUACACCCUGUCGAAUUGUACAUGCGUCGCCCGGUUGGAGAGGAAAGCGAUCAAGUGCGCCUGCAAUCCGCUACCGCGGAUCGUCAACGUGUCCGAAUGCAACCAAAAAACAUGUCGAAUACAAACGACCUACGUGAAAGAGGCCAUGGACGCGACGGGCAAGUGUCGCAGGUUGGAGUACAGCAGCGUCAAGAGUUGCUGUUGCCUUCCGGACAGAAAGGAGCAACGCUGUUCGGUCGCCGGCGACCGACUCAUCGUCCAGCACACAAGCUACUCCCUCGGCAAGGCCGACACAUGCUCCCGGCAUCUAGUGACCACAUGGACGCGGGUCGUCUGCCCGGAACGUCUGCUCCCCGAGGAGCACUGUGACCCGGCAACACGACGCCUCAGUCGUACGACGAGUCAACUGCGUGCGAGACGAUGCAAUUGUACCAAAGUGUUGCUACACCAGAGCACAAGUGAGUGCGGUUGCCGGGCGCCCGAGGUUUGGCGUUUCUGCGACAAGGUCAACUGGAGAAUUGUGCUACACGAGACGGUGUAUCGCUUGACGGCCGGUCGGUGCCAGAAGAAGAGCACUCAGCGCAUCAAGCCCGUGUCAUGUCGGAGUGACGAACCAAAACGGGUGAAGGAGGUCUGCGAUCCGCUGACCGGACAGUCUCGGAUUCAGAUCACGGAAACCGUGGUCUCGCUUGACGAUGGCUGUCGUUGCGUCAAAGAGCGUCGAGUGCGCUGGCUACCGCAGACUGGCUGUUCAUGCGUCCGGCCCAAGCAAGCAGAGACGACAAAGUGUAGCAACGGCCAACUUUUGGUGACCAGAAACCGGUCCGUCCUGGUCGGUGGCCGGUGCCAGACACAACAGAUCACCGAAAGCCGGCCCAUCGUCUGUAAUCCGAACCUCUGGACACUCCAGCCUCCCGCCAAAUCUAGCGCCAACGCCAGUCGUUGCGGAAUUCAGGUCUUCAUAAGGUCGGUGCCUCGGAAUUGCAAAUGCGUCCGGCAGGUGAGGACGCAAAAAUGCGACUGUUCAUGUCGCCUGACACCGAAACCGCAACGAAGCUGUGCCAGAAACGGACUUGUCUGGCUGGAGCGUCAAUAUUUCCCGCGAAUGGAGAACUGUCGUUGUCUCAAUAUCUUUAAGGACGUUGUGAAGCCGAUUGUCUGUCCACGAGCCACGGUUGUUGUGAGCGACUGUGAGGCGAAAUCCUGCAAUAGAAUUACAACCUCGGUCACCUAUUCCGUGGAGAACUGCACCUGCAUACCGGUAACCCGGACAGUUGUCGCCAAGUGCUGCUGUCCCAAAGGUGACGUCAAGACGACCUGCCUUAAUAAUCUCGGCCUCAUCGAGACGGUUGUCAAAACGCCGAAGUUGGAUGGCGGCAAAUGUGUAGAGCAGACGACACGAAGACAGAUGCGAUUCAACUGCGACCGACUCAACGCCAACUCGGCUGGGUGUCAGCCCAUCGGAGUCUGUGACGCAAAAACUGGAACGCAAUCAUACAGGUGUAAGAAAUUCACACGUGUCGGCUGUAAAUGUCGGCCAAGCUCGGUGAUCAAACCAGGAUUAUGCCGUAAGUCGUAUCGAGUUAACCGAGUGCUCCAAGUUUUUUCCAAUCAUGCUAUUGUCAAGAUUGACCAUUGA